AUGAGAUACUGGCUCAAAAAGCGACCCGAGAAGAAUAUUGUGGUCGUUAGUCACGGUGCAUUUUUACACUUUUUGACUGAUGAUUGGGAGGAUGCUUGUAAGCAUGAAGCGACCUCGUGGGCUAACACUGAGCAUCGGAUAUAUGAUUUUGUCGAAGGAAACGAAGAAAUGCCCGGGAAUGAUAAAGCAAUGCAAGAAACAAAAGAAUCUCGUCAGAGGAGAGGCAAGAAUGGGCCGCCACUGAGCCUCGAGUCCCAAAGGCAAUUACGCGAGACCAUGUUAGACGGAUGGGCGAAACAGGGAUAUCCAAUUAAAUAG